AUGGAGAUAGAUGCGCCCGACGAUGCGCCACCCAUCCUACGAUUGCCUGUCGAGCUGCUCCUGCAGACUUCUUCGUAUCUCAGCGUGGCGGACCUGUUUUCGCUGCGCCUGACCUGCCGUCAUGUCGAGGCCUCUAUAUUCGCAUCGUUUUGUCAGGAGUUCUUUGCCGAACGCCGGUUCAUGAUCACCUUCAGCAGCUUACAAGCUCUCGUUGAUAUCUCGAGUCUACCACGAUUCUCGGAAUACAUCACCCAUCUCACCAUCGGGCUUGACCGCUUCGACACCAGUGAAGCAUUGCCUCGCUUUGCCGACUACUGGGACCCCGUGACCCAUACAGCGCGCGAUGCCCCCCUGGUCAAGGAGGGGAUCAAUGAACACAAACUUGAAGCAUUUACCGUCGAGCAGAACUUCAUCGUCAGCAGUGGGAAACUGCAGAUGAUGCUCACCGAGGCGCUGGGGAACCUCGAGAACCUUCAGGAACUCAGCUUGCGAGACAGCAAUGCACGCAAGACAUCCAGUCGCCCAGACUCGAACACGUUAUUAGUCAGUCACGGUGCCGCCCACGUUUUCCGAGAAACGGGUAUCAACUUCAUCGACCAUGAAUCACACCUCCAUCCUCACGACCACCAAUUCGUGGACAUUGUCUUCUCAGCCCUUCUCCUGGCUCUAGCGAGAAGUGGCACACAACUGAAAGCAUUGACAGUCGACAUAAGCAAGCACGACGUCGGCUUGUCGAGUUCUGCCUUCUCAUUGCCCAUGUUCCUCCUCCAUGACCUCCAACCAACUUUGUUCAAUCUUCAACACCUCGACCUGUCAAUUAGCUUUAUCCAGGCGACUCUGGGUAGCUACUCGAACCGCUCAGCCGGGUUCUUGUCAUGGCAGCAACACCAGCUGUUUAAAUUCCUUGAGCAGACGCCCAACCUCGUCAGUCUUCGGAUAGUAUCAAAGGAACGGGGUUUCGUCGCCGAUGGCAUCAUAGUCUGGCUCGCUAGCCUACUAGAACGAGAGAGUGAUGGUCAUCAACCCGACAAACAGAUCAGCCGGCCGUCCCUCCCACACUUCGAACACAAGUUCCGAGCGCUGCGUGAACUAGAGCUUAUCAACAUGGCGGCGCCUGCCACGACGCUCUCCAAAGUCUUGUCCUGCCUUUCACAGUCGUUAACCAAGCUGUCCUUCAGCAAGUUGGCGUUGACAGUCACGGACUCAGACGACGAACUCGACAACGAUGCCCAGAAACCGAACGCGUGGGUCUUGCUUCUACAGGACAUGUAUGCCUGUCUCCAGCUGGAAAGCUUCGCGGUGUCUGCCUUGGAGCAUCAUACUCCGAGCUGUUCGAGGCCUCAGAGUACUGGCGGCCACCCGGUUGCUUUCCUGCCUUCUAAUUUCGGUGUCCAAGGCAGGUUGGCCAGUGGGAUGCUAAAUACAUGGUCGCAUACGGGGAAUGUCACCACCAUGAAGGAUUUCCUCCAGGAGAUGUCUAUAAAGACAAUCGUUAUAUGCCCACGAUGCAAACAGAAUAAUGCCGGAUAUCGGUCUGUGGAGGACAUCCUUGAGGCUUGA